GCUGAGAGGGCUGAUGACAUGUCAGAAGCAGGGGAGGUAGGACUAUAAAGCCUCUCCUCUGUCUCUGUUCAGACACACAGACUAUUGCACUCCUUACUGAGCUUUACUAACCGGAUAUUUAACUGCCACCCGACUGAGACACCACCCCUACCAGCUCCAUUCUACUGCUACAGGAUGUGUAAAGGACUAGCAUCGUUGUCUACCUGCUGCUUGGAAAGGGCCAAGGAGCUGAAAGCAAGGCUGGGGAGCAUUUUGCAAAAAUCCAAUUGGAAUCUAUCCUGCUGCAAAAUAGGGCAUAAUAAGCCAACCUUGGAGGAAUGCCUUAAGUGGAGAGAGUCCUUUGAAAAACUCCUGUCCAGCAAAUACGGACUGUGCGCCUUCACAGCCUUCCUGGUGUCUGAGUUCAGUGAGGAGAACAUUGCGUUCUACUAUGCGUGUGAAGACUACAGGACUACCAAGUGCGCUGCCAAACUACCAGCCAAAGCCCAAAAGAUCUAUGAUGAAUUCAUCGGCAGUGACGCUCCUCGGGAGAUUAACAUUGACCACGAAACUCGCGACAUUACCAGAGCCAACAUGCUGAUGGCUUCACCUUCUUGCUUCGACCCAGCCCAGUACAAGAUCUACAUGCUCAUGGCCAAAGACUGCUACCCUCGCUUCCUCCGCUCUCCAGCCUACCGGGAUCUAGUUUGCCAAGCCAACCGAAGCGCCAAAGCCACCAAGCAGCGCCGGCAGGGGAAGAAGGUGUGAACUCUCUCCCUAAGCCCAUGGAGGAUUGCUAGUGGUUCGCCUUAAAGGUUGAGAAAGCGAAAGGCAUGACAUUGGGAGAUGCAUCAUAAAGCUGGACGCUGGUGCCAACACAGAGAUCGUCACAAGAACAGCAGUGGAUGGGUUUGUUCUGUAGACGCCCGACGAUUGAAGAGAAAA